CCUAAGGUCGUGGAUUUUAGCUUUGAAGAGCUACAGAUUGAAUAAACAGGUGAAAUUCCGGCGAACAUGAGGCCGAUGCAGAUGGAGUACUUUGCUGACAUGGACGAGCAAGGAUCGUCGGUGGCGAUGGACGUUGAUGACGUGGAUCCGUUGGAGAUCUUCGGUGAAGGCGUGGUGAACAUCGAUAACAAGCUGGUUGAUGCUGAUUUCUUCAACAAUUUCGAGGAUGAUUUUGAUGACAGCGACAUCAAUUAAUUUAAUCUGUUAGUUAAUUUGAUGAUUAUGUUUAUUGCUGCUUUGAUUGCUAAUAUAUAAAUUAUCUAAUGGGAUUAAUUUUACUGUUAA